AUGAUGACUUCCCCAACCACUCUGAAGAGAAACAGCACAACCGGAAGACAAAGCAUGGGCGCAACGGCGAGGAUAGCGCUUCUGUCAGCGCUGUCUGGUUCAGCACUUGUUUCGGCACAGUCAAACUGUGUCUCGCUCCAGGGCUCAACUACCUGCUCUGCUUUUCAGUCGGCUUCCGUUUCGACGACAGGUUUCGUUGCAGGAAUUUUCCCCUUUUUACAGUUUGUUUCGAAUAGGGAAACAUUCGACCAGCAGAUGCUGUCAUAUAUUGACACAACCUACGUGCGAGAGAAAUAUCAAACAUUGCUUGGCUGCAGCAGCGUUAAUCUCACUCAACCGGAUGAGCUGUAUGCCCGUUUCACCACCACAGUCAUCUGUAACGCUAUCGUGCAAAACUCGAUAGACACGUGCAACCUGCCUGCGGCGAACUCGCGGCCAGUUUGCGCUGACACAUGCGCCGAAUUCGCGCAGAGUGAGGCACUGCUCACUUCGGACAGCAGUCUCUGUGGUAAUCCAGGCAGCAACCUCAUGAAUCAGAUCAGGGCCGACUUCACAAACUGCGCUCUUCCCGCCGACUCCUUGUCGUCUUCAAACUGCAUCCAGGGCAUCGCCAAUGAGCGCGAUAACUGUGGCUACGGUAACAGCACUGUGGGACUGUGCUCCUACUGCGCAUCUGGCGGUAUUAACUCGACCGACACCUGCUGUUACAACUCGAACAUCGACGAACGAUGCGCCGGUGUCACUCUACCUUCCAUAUUCCCUACCAUGACGUUCGCGCCUCCGACAGCGACAGCAACACCGACGCCCUCGAGUACGGCAGCUGCAGCUGCGGCCGCAGGACUGUCUGGCGGUGCGAUUGCCGGGAUCGUGAUUGGUAGCGUGGCUGGCGCGCUGCUGCUCGCCGGACUCAUCUAUGCAUGCAUCCUACUUGCUAGGAGAAGAAGGCGCGGAAGCCAGAGCGGCAGCAUUUUCAACCAACCGUCACCCUCUAGGCAAGGGCCAUCUACCGCUAAAAUUUCACCGGUCCAGACUACGAGUGGAUAUGAAGUUUUGCCCGGCGGCCGCAUCGCCCGCAUGUCGGCUUUGGAAAGUGCAUCGGAUCCUGCCCCGGCUCCUCCCAGUCGCAGCAGCGGGCCUCUCGCAGCAGCAGCCGCUGUCGGAGGCGCAGCAGGCUACAUGACUGGCAGAAGAAGAGGCGACGACCCGUCUUCGUCCGAGUUUGGAGACAGCCCCGAGUCGGAAAUCAGGGCCGGCGUGUUGCGGCCCCCUCCAACUAACAUCAGGAGGACAGGUUCCUUGUCAAGCAGCUCGGUCCUCGCUGAUCCUCAGUCGCCAACGAGCGCUGGAAUGUCGUCCCCGCAAGGCAUGGCUAGCCAACAGUCCGAGCAACUGCCUUUUUUCAAGGAUUACUACUCUCAAGAUGACAUCCAUCCGGGCGAUAGAGUCGCCACCUUGUGGGCUUACCAUCCGCGCGCGCCGGACGAGUUCGCUCUCGAACGCGGUGACAUGCUUAAGGUGGUCGGAAUCUGGGACGACGGCUGGGCGACGGGUGUAUUGAUGGACGAGCACGCCGACGAGUGGGAAGCUCGCCGACAAGCCCAACGAGACAGUGGCGUUUCCAACACGUCUGGCCGACAAGACCCUUCACCGCCAGUCAGUGGCGAAAUCAAAGCCUUCCCUCUUGUUUGUGUUUGCUUGCCAGAACACUGGCGGAAGACUAUCGAGGGCGACCUCUCGACAGAAGGUUCCAGCGCCCACCAAGGCCAUCCCUCAUUCUCAUGA